AAGCCUUCCACUCCAACCAUGGCUCUGAUGGCUGGUGUGAUCCGGCGGUUGGAUGAGAUUGUGGUGAACCGCAUUGCUGCUGGAGAGGUCAUCCAAAGACCAGCUAAUGCUAUUAAGGAGAUGAUAGAGAACUGCUUGGAUGCCAAAGCCAGUAGUGUCCAGGUGACAGUUAAGGAUGGUGGUUUGAAAUUAAUCCAGAUACAAGACAACGGCUGUGGUAUUAGGAAAGAAGACUUGGAUAUUGUCUGUGAAAGAUUUACAACAAGUAAACUGCAGACUUUUGAAGAUCUAGCUAGUAUUUCGACAUACGGGUUUAGAGGCGAGGCUCUGGCUAGUAUAAGUCAUGUAGCCCAUGUUACCAUAACAACUAAAACAAGUGAUGGAAAGUGUGCAUACAGGGCGUUCUAUUCUGAUGGGAAAUUGAAAGCCGCACCCAAACCUUGCGCUGGGAACCAGGGAACUCUGAUUGCAGUCGAAGACUUGUUUUACAAUGUAGCCACCAGGAGGAAAGCUUUAAAGAAUCCAAGUGAAGAAUAUGCAAAAAUACUGGACGUUGUUAGCCGAUACGCUAUUCAUAACUCUGGCAUCAGUUUUUCGGUUAAGAAGCAAGGUGAGACCGUGGCAGAUGUCAGAACACUGUCAAACGCUACAACAGUAGACAAUAUUCGGUCCAUCUUUGGGAAUGCCGUUAGCAGAGAACUGAUUGAAGUGGGUUGCGAAGAUGAAAUGCUGGCUUUUAAAAUGACGGGCUAUGUGACCAAUGCAAACUAUUCAGUGAAGAAAUGCACCUUUUUGCUUUUUAUAAAUCAUCGACUGGUUGAGUCAAGCGCUUUGCGGAAAGCAAUAGAAACUGUAUAUGCCGCUUAUUUACCCAAAAAUAUGCAUCCAUUCUUGUACAUAAGCCUUGAAAUAGCCCCCCAGAAUGUAGAUGUGAAUGUGCAUCCCACAAAGCAUGAGGUUCACUUUCUCCAUGAAGACAGCAUCUUGGAGCGUGUGCAGCAGCACAUAGAGAGCAAAUUGUUGGGCUCAAACUCUUCAAGGAUGUAUUUCACCCAGACAUUGCUUCCAGGUAUUACUGCCUCUUCUGCUGAUGUCGUUAAACCUGCAAGUUCUUCUUCAGCUAAUCAAGGGACAGGAGACAAAGUCUAUGCCCACCAGAUGGUUCGCAUCGAUUCCAGAGACCAGAAACUAGAUGCUUUCCUUCAGCCGGCUAACAAAUCCAAGACUUCAGGACUUGCUGCAGAGGAAAGCAGUAACAAGCAGGCCUGCAAGGAGUCUGGACCACAAGAAUGCAGUGAUUUUGAUGUAAGAGCUACAGGAGCAGAAACUAUGAAUAAACCAGAAGGGUCAAUGGAAAGACAACCGGUGUCUUCUGAAGAUAUACCUUCUAGAAAGAAACAGCGAACAGAUGGCGAUGUGGAAAUGGAGGAAGAUGUAAGGCAGGAUCUCACUGCCGCUUGCGUCCCUAGAAGGAGAAUUAUUAACCUGACUAGUGUUUUAACUCUUCAAGAGGAAAUUAGUAACCAGGUUCACACAAGUCUUCAGGAGAUGCUUCACAAUCACUCCUUCGUUGGAUGUGUUAAUCCUCAAUGGGCACUGGUGCAGUAUCAGACAAAACUGUAUCUUCUGAAUACCACAAAACUCAGUCAAGAAAUGUUCUACCAGAUCCUUGUUUACGACUUUGGAAACUUUGGCAUUCUAAGGUUGUCUGAGCCAGCUCCCCUCUAUGAUCUAGCCAUUCUAGCCUUGGAGAAUGCUGAAAGUGGUUGGACAGAAGAAGAUGGUCCAAAAGAAGGCCUUGCUGAAUACAUUGUUGAGUUUCUAACAAAGAAGAGUGAAAUGCUGAAAGACUAUUUCUCCCUGGAAAUUGAUGAGGAUGGCAAUCUUACAGGAUUACCACUUUUGAUAGACAACUACAUCCCCUUGUUGGAAGGUCUACCCAUGUUGGUUCUUCGAUUAGCCACUGAGGUAAACUGGGAUGAAGAAAAAGAAUGCUUUGAAAGUCUCAGUAAGGAAUGUGCCAUGUUCUACUCCAUUAGAAAGCAGUAUAUAAUGGAUGAGCCUGAUCUUAAUGCUCAACAGGCUGAUGAAUUGGGACCUAGCACACACUCGUGGAAAUGGACAGUGGAACAUGUGCUUUACAAAGCUUUUAGGACAUAUCUUAUGCCUCCGAAGAACUUUACAGAAGAUGGAACCAUUUUGCAGCUUGCUAAUCUACCAGACCUGUACAAAGUCUUUGAGAGGUGCUAAAUACAGACAUAUAAAUAAAGGCCCGCAUCUAUUUA